AUGUCCCGCCGAGUAGACCCCGAGUCCGCCGCCCACACCGACGACGAGACGGAGAAGGGGCACCUGGUCAUCGACGUGAAGCCCGAGCCACAUCCGUGGCCCCUACAGGCCGCGGGGCUGCAGCGGGGUUCCCCAGAGGAGGUGCCCACGCCGGGCUCCCUCGAGGGCACACCCCGCUCCUCCCCUAUCCCGGUGCCCGCCGCCUCCCGUACCCUCCUCGCCCAGGGCUUGCAGAACCAGUCGGCGCCGUGGACUUCUCUGGUCCCUGAUCCUCACGACCGCCAGCCCUGGACUGACCCCGAUAUCUUGACCUGCGGCCUCUGCCUGCAGACCUUCCCGCUGGAGGCCAUCAUGGCUUUCAUUGACCACAAGAAGCAGGGCUGUCAGCCCUCGCGCGGCCCCAGCUCUGGCUCGGACUCAGAACUUGAGAACCUGAAGGCUUUGACUUGCCUCCGCUGUGGCCGACAAUUCACCGAGGCCUGGAAACUGCUGCGCCAUGCCCAGUGGGACCACGGACUGUCCAUCUACCAGACUGAACCCGAGGCCCCGGAGACUCCGCUGCUGCUGGGCCUGGCCGAGGGCUCCCGGGCGAACAGCCUCCCCAGGCAGAGCCCCACCUGCCCUGUGUGCCUGAAGACCCUCAGCUCCUUCACCAGCCUCAAGUUGCACAUGCGCCUGCACACGGACGAGCGGCCCUAUUCCUGUGACCAGUAG